GAAAACAGGACUGAUUUCUCCAUCACUUUAGCGGCCGCAGAGGCAACCGGGACGCGCACCGGCCGAACCAAUGGAGAAAUCCAAAAACUUUCGCAUCGACGCGCUUCUAGCAGUCGAUACACCCAAGGCGCAGACCUCACCGCUGGCACUUGUGACUUCCCUCUCCUCAUCCUCUGCCUCUUCAUCCUCCAUCCCACAGUCAGGAGGCGGAGCUGCCCCGGAGCUCUCAGCCGCGGCCGAGUCUUUACGCGCCGAGACGCCGCCGUCUCCGCCGAGGGUUUCCACCUGCGGUCUGAUUCCCAAGCCGGGGUUCCUGAACAGCGCGCACGGCAUGGUGGGACUACACCCGCAGAGCAGCGGGGGGAUCCCGGCGCAGGCUCUCUACGGUCAUCCCAUGUAUUCAUACUCCGCCGCUGCGCUCACGGGCCAACAUCCCGCACUGUCCUACUCCUACCCGCAUCACCACCACACUAGUGAUCCCAUUAAACUGACGGCCAGCACCUUCCAGCUGGAUCACUGGCUGAGAGUGUCCACAGCUGGGAUGAUGCUCCCAAAAAUGUCCGAUUUUAAUGCUCAGACACAGUCCAACCUACUGGGCAAGUGCAGAAGACCGAGGACAGCAUUCACCAGUCAGCAGCUGCUGGAGCUGGAGCAUCAGUUCAAGCUGAACAAGUAUUUGUCAAGACCAAAGCGAUUCGAGGUGGCCACGUCGCUCAUGUUAACAGAAACUCAGGUAAAGAUUUGGUUCCAGAACAGACGCAUGAAAUGGAAGAGGAGCAAGAAGGCCAAAGAGCAGGCCGCUCAGGAGGCGGAGAAACUAAAAGGCACAAACAAGAGCGGCCAGGAGAAAUCAGACGGACUCGAUCAGUCGGAUUUUCACAGCAAGACAGAUUCAAAAAAUGGCAGGAUAAGAGACUUCAGGGACAGUGACGAUGAGGGUGACAAUUUCCUCUACAACUCUUCGGAUUGCUCCUCGGAUGAAGAGCGGAAUCAAAACAGUGACGUCAGUCCGCAACCUAACUGAACUGACUGAAUAU